CACCAGAAGUCUGUAAACGGCCCGGGGCGCCUCUCCCUCUCAGGGCUGCCUGUCCUGCUCGUCUCUCGGUCCCAGGUCAGUUCGCUCCGGGUUCUGGAAGUUGUAACCCGAACAUGUCAGCGGUGCCGGGGCCAGCAGACGGGCUCUCUGUGGAGGAGCAAAGGAGCCGGAGCUCGGCGCAGACCUUCCGCGGGGAGCAGCACUCAUUCGGGGUGGAUCCCGGUCGGACCCGGCCUCCCAGCCAAGCCGGGCCGCACGGCUUCCGCGAGCCGGCGGUCCGAGCUCCCCGGGUGGACGACUGCGAGAAGAUGGGGACUCUGUUCGGCAUGAUCAACAAGUGUCUGCGGGGCGUGGGCUUCACCCAGGUGUACUUCGGGGACAGGACAGUGGAGCCGGUGGUGGUGGUGGUCUUCUGGGUGCUGCUCUGGUUCCUGGGCUUCCAGGCUUUGGGACUGGUGGGAACUCUGUGCCUCAUCAUCAUCUACAUCCAGAAGUGACGCUGGGAGUGUGGCGUGGUAAAUCAGCCGCAGGUCCGGACGCUGAAUUGGAAUUGAACAUCCGGGCCGGGGAACGUUUGGGAUUCCCCCCUCCCUCCUCCCCUGGAACAAUCGUACUGCUGUAACCAUGAUGAUGAUGACAGGAGCUCUGCAUAGACACCCAAAAAUGAUUUCCUGAUCCUGCAGCUCGUCCAAAACAUCCUGAUGAUUUCCUGCUCUUUACGCGAGGAGACGUUAACCCGAUGAUCCGUUUUUGGUUUAUAGCAGCAGAAGCUUUUAAUAUGUUCACUCUUUCAGCUCCGAGUCUCCGUCACUACAGUGUUGGGUGUUGCUCUGCGGGGUCCCAGUGAUCAGACACAUGGAUGUCCAGUCCGGCCCAGCGGAACCAGAACUUCCUGCUGCUCUGUUUUUACCACGAAAGCUCUUGUCCCCCUUAACCCAACAGAUUUGCAGAACAUUUUUUUUAUGUUCAGGAGGUUGAAAUGGAUGCAUGAUAUGUAAAACAUCUCAGAUCUUCACAUUACAGCGUCCAGUUUGUCCAGAUGAGCCGAUCUGUGGUUCAGGAAGCAGUUCUGCUCGACACCGACCCUGUUUUUGUCGUUUCUUUUCACGGUUGGGAGAAAUCGGCUUCGCCUCUGAACCACUGAUGUGUUUUGUUUUGUUCCCCCCCCCCCUUCCCUCCCACAGCUGCUGGGGUCUGUUCUGAAAACAUAUCUAAAUAUGAAAUAAGUAGUUUAAACUCUAACGACGACUUCGCUGUGACCCGCAAAAAGCCCGGGGAACAUGUGCAAAGGGCAGGAAAUGUAUUACCUUUGAUCACCAGUGAGGUGAAACACAUCAGAGUCGGAGUGAAGUUGUUUUCACGGUUCUGCAGGCGUUCGCUUUUAGUUUCAGAGGAAACCCGCGGGUACUUUAAACCCGUUGGGCCCUGAGCCGUCUCUGAACGUAUCCUCACGCCGCCUGGAAGGUGUACUCACACUGAUUAAUGUCUCUCUGCUGGACAUAUUUAUAUAAACCGAUCCAACAUAAGUCUGUAGUGGAAAAAAAAAAAAAAAAAACACCAAAGAUACGACAUGAUAUUGUGUUUCUUAUGCUGCAACGUUGGAUCAAAUGUGAAUUUAAUAAAAGGAUUUGCUGAUCGUUCA